AUGAAGUUGAGGAGACCUGAGGAAGAUCGAGUAACAAUAUCAGCAAACCAUAGCAAAUCGAUAGACACUUACAGCCGAUGCUGCAGGAUGUCCACUUGUCCAGGCAAGCCUACGUUUCAUCCACUUCUUGUAUUUAUUGUGGCAGCAAUGCGUUAUCGGGAUAAUUUUCACUCUAUGGGGAAAUCAGCAAAAAAAUUUCGCAAAGUAAAGAGCAUCGAUCCUUUCUAUCGAGGACCAAGAAAAGCAGAUAGCAAAGGCGAUACUUAUGAUCGUCCACCAUCAGCGGCUAAAGCGAAUGACAAGAGACAGGGCGCUCAUCCUAAAAGAAAAUUUAAGAACAAUCCAGAGUCUAAUGAAAACAGAAAAAGGAAACCUCGACCUCGUAAAAGUCCUACGACUAAAGUAUCUAACAAAUCGAAACCCAAACCCCAUUUUGCUUCCAAACAGCCUCAUGAAAGCAUGAAAAAAUUCUAUGAUCGCAUAGAUCGCGAAGCAAAUGAAAUUGUAACGGAACAAAUGAAAGAUUUAAAAGAAAUUAGAGCAAAAAGGAGAGAGUAUCUAAAAGUGCGUAGAGAAAAAUUAAAGGAAAAAAAUAGAAAGAAAAAAGAUGAUAAACAUGACGAAUUUAAAGAACUAAAAGACGAGAUUAAAUUUGGUGAAGUCGUACAACAACCUCCUAGAAUAACGGCAAAACCUAGGAAAAGCGUCGAAAAAGCUGUUGCCAGCAAUUUAUUACUUGACAAGCUGCUAUCAAAGGAUAAAAAAGUUGAUUACGACAAUAAAGAAGAGAAUGAUCGAGGUGCCGAUUGGAAAAAGAAAAAGUUUCGGGAUAUGACAACUACAGAAAAGCAAAGUAUCCUAGCCGAACGUAGUAAGGCUAUCUUAGCCUACAGACAAUUAGUGGCUAAGAAAAGAUUUGAAUCUAAAAAAUAA